AAUAGCCUGCGCCUAAAGCAUGCAAAUGAGCAUCAACGGACACGGCGCUCUUUAAUUAAAAUUUAUGUCAUCUUAGAUUCACUUAAGUGAAUUUUAACAAAUCUUACUUCGCAUUCUUUGAAGCAACGCAGUCAUGAAAAUCGAGGGUGCUGUGGCUAUAGUAACCGGCGGCGCUUCAGGGAUUGGAAAAGCGACAUGCGAGAAACUUUUGCAAGGUGGAGCGAAGAUUCAUUUCCUUGACAUAAAUAAGACAGCUGGCGAAGAAACACAGAAGAGCUUCAACAACCAACAUAGUGUCGGACAAGCCAAGUUUGUAUGCUGUGACAUCACAUCACACGAUCAACUGGAAGCUGCAUUUAGAGCCGCGGUAAAAGAACACGGCCGAUUGGAUAUAGUAGUUAAUAACGCGGCAAUAAUGGACGAGAACGAUUGGGACAAAACUCUCGAUGUAAACCUGCACUCGCUCAUACGAAGUACAUUUCUCGGGGUGGAACUCAUGAAAAACGGAGUAAUAAUCAAUAUCUCGUCUACUGGAGGGAUCCAUCCUGUUUCAUUUUGCCCUGUUUACUGUGCUUCCAAGUUUGGCGUUAUAGGAUUUACCAGAAGUGUAGCCCCGACAGCCUUCAGGAAGAAAGGUAUUCGUGUGAACUGCGUUUGUCCAGGGGGUACAGACACAGAUAUUUACAAGUCAAUGGAGAGAAUGGAGCUGACGAAAGAACAGCAAGAACUCGCAUCUAACACACCCAAACAAAGACCCGAAGCUGUAGCUCAGUGUGUCCUGGAUUUGAUUAGAGAUGAGAGUGACGUAGGUCAGGUGGUGAAAGUCACUUACGAAGAUGGUGUGGAGUUUCUCAACUACAAUGACAUUGUUAUAUGACCUCUCUUGAUCCUGCAAGUUGCUUGGAGUACGUUGUCAUAUACGGCAUCUGAUACAUGAACAUGUUAAAAUGUUCGCCGAGACGAGAUUGAAGAGACGUUUGACGGCGGCAACGUGAUCUGUAAAACAAUAAAGAAGACGGAAGUAAAACGGGUGCUUGCCUUCAUUAAUUUAGCAAAAAUAAAAAUAAAUGAAAUGGGAGCAAAAGGUAACCAGUUUAUAGGAAUAGUUCAAUGGGAUCUAGACGAGGAAAGUCAGUUCCGCUUGAGAUGAAGUUGAUAUAUAUGUACGUGUUUGAAUUACCCUUUUAAAGAAGAAAGGCAUUAAUAAUUAAGUUGGCUAACUGAUAAAAGUUAAACAGCACAAAAAAGCUGUAAGUGUUGUUCAGAAGCUUUCAGAAGGUCAGAGUAUCAUUCACGGAAAUGUAAAAAAUAUGUGAAUUUCCUUCUUUGGUGUUCGGGUUUAAUUUUCAUUGCAUGUUUUAAGUAAAACAGGCAAUUGUGUGUGAAUUAAUUUUUGGGAUAGCCCACUGUGCUUUUAAGUUCCUAACUUGAUCGUGGUAAGACUCGAAUAAAAUUUUAUUCCAAUA